CGGAAGUAAUUGGAAUGAAUCUUAGGCGCGCCAAACCAGAAAACGAAAACAGUAGUUGUUUCUCUCAUGGUGUACUGGACUCCCUUGAAGUCUUAAGUGGAUUAUUUCUGUGGUGUUCUCGGUCUUUGUUUUCGCCAUGUGUGAAAAGAUAAACAAGGUGAACAGCUGGCUCAGCUCAGUGUUUGGAGAUCAGCUGAUACCACAGUUUGAGGUCAACACCAGAACUGUGGACAUCCUGUACCAGCUGGCACAGUCCAGUGAAGCUCGGUGUAGUGACACAGCUCUUCUCAUAGAGGACUUCAAACAGAAAGCUGCAGAGUAUCAAGCUGAGGAUACUCACGUUCGGGAUGUUCUUCUACAAGGUGUCGGUCUGUCCUGUGGAAGCUUGUCAAAGUCUGCUUCUGACUACGUGUCGUCUCUGGUGGACACUGCGAUGGUGCUUGGAGUCAAAGACACAUCACUGGGCAGCUUCAUGCCAGCAGUGAACAACGUUACCAACGAACUGCUGGAAGCUGAGAAGUCGAAUAGGAGACUUGAGCGUGAACUCAAAGACCUCAGAAAGAGACUUGGUGCUACUCUGGUGCUGCGGAGCAACUUACAAGAAGAUAUCAACAAAACAAUGAAGUCUCAGGCAGUGGAGAGCGCUAAAGCAGAGGAGCGACUCCUCAACAUGGACUUUGUUGCAGCAAAGGCUAAGGAGCUCAGCAACAGGCGGGAGAGGGCAGAGGCUCAACUUCAAUCCAGGAACAUGGACAAGUCCCUCUCACAUCAGGCUAUUGUGCAGCUCUCUGAGGAAGUCACGGCGCUGAAGCAGGAAAUAAUCCCCUUGCAGAAGAAACUAGAACCUUACAUGGACUUGAGCCCUAGUCCGUCUCUAGCUCAAGUGAAAGUUGAGGAAGCAAAGAGAAAGUUGGCUGCAAUCGAUUCCCAACUGGAGAUGAAAGUGGAUUUCAAGUGAAAUGUUCCUCUUGUUAAAACCUUAUUUUUUGCGUUUCUCAUUGAAAAUGUUGUAAAGUAAUGAUGUAUACUUCUUGGUGACUCUUUAAUUUUAAUAAAGUGUUGUUAUCCACAAA